AUGCAGAAGAACGCGUACCCAUUCUGCGGCACGAUUAUCCACGAAGAAGACGUUCCAAACUACCAGGUCAGCUAUCGCUGGCACCUUCCAGAUCCCGUGCGCUUCAACAAGAAGGUCAAGGUCACCCUCGAGUCUGGGCAUGCGAACCAUCUGCGCGAUGACUGGACUCAACAUUUUGCCUGGGGGGAAACGCAUUCCGCACAAGCCUCAGUUCCCGCUUCGGAAGAUGUGCCGCAGUCGGAGGUGAGCAGCAUGAGUGCGGAGAAGCAGGCGAUGGUUCGGCCGCGGGAUGAGCGGAUGGAGGCGCCUGUCAAGGACCGCAAUGAGUGGCUGGCGCGGAGGGUGCAGGACUCUCAGGAGCGAACGCGCAGUAAUGUCGAGGUUUGCAAGGAUAACCGGCGGCGCUUUCUGCAGGGGUUGGGCAAUUAG